AUGCAGGAAAGUACGAUCUACGAGAUCCUACCGGUGUUGCUGUGCGGCCUGUCGGUUCCACUGUCCAUGUUCAUGUGGAUCGGAAAUGUGGCUUACUCGAAGAUAGCAAGCGAUAAUUCUAACAGCAUUAUUCCACCUACCCGUUGGCUGUUUUCAGUGCUCGUGCCCGUCCUGCUGAUGGUGUACGGGUUGAAGCGUAAGGGCGUAAACAGAUCCGGUGCCGCACUAGGGUUGCUUUGUGCCGUAAUACUUUCGAUAGCAUCGCACGCCUUCCUGAGCUGUUUGGCAGCCUUUUUCUUUAGCUCGAGCCGGGCGACUAAAUUUCGGGGCCACGCGAAACGAAAGUUUGAGGAAGAUUUUAAGGAGGGUGGCCAACGGAACUGGGCCCAGGUAAUCUGCAAUGCUGGUAUGGCGACACAGUUGGCAUUGCUGUAUCUGCUCGACUGUGGGUACGGUGAGCGGCCGAUCGAUUUCGUCAAUGAGUACCGUUCCAGCUGGCUCGGAGUGGCCGUGAUGGGGUCGUUUGCGUGCUGCAACGGUGACACGUGGUCGAGUGAGCUGGGCACGGUCAUUGGCAGUGGAGAUCCGUUUCUCAUCACCACCCGGAAGAGGGUUCCGCGCGGUACGAAUGGCGCCAUUUCGUUCGUGGGAGUGGUCGUGAGUUUCUUGGGUGGCACAUUGAUUGGGCUGGUAUACUUUCUCACCGUCCGGUAUACGGUGGACGCGAGCGUAUACCAGAACAGUCCAAACCAGUGGCCUAUGAUAGUGUUCGGUGGUAUGGCGGGUUUGCUAGGUUCGCUGGUAGAUUCGCUGCUUGGUGCUACGUUGCAGUAUUCGGGCCAGAACGAGCGGGGCAUGAUUGUGGAGCGACCGGGCAAACAUGUGCGCCACAUCAGCGGGGUACGGAUUUUGGACAACCACAGCGUUAAUCUGAUAUCUACUAUCGUGAUCGGAAUCGUGAUGCCCUCGAUUGCGAUGAAUCUCUGGUCAAUGUUCUGA